UAUAUAAUAAAAUGAAUGAACAUAUUUUUUUUUCUUAAUUUCCUCAUUAAUUAAAUUAAAUUAAUAAAAAUUUGUAUUUUAUCAAAUGCUUAUAUAAAAUCUAAGUUUUUUUAGUUUUAAAAUUCCUCAAGGAAGUGAUGGAUAUUUAAUAUUCUAAAUAGAAAAGGAAUUUUAUUUUAUCUCCACAUAUAAUACCCCCAUUUCAACAUUCAAGCCAAAAAAUAUACUAUUCAUCUGAUACAAAGAUUAAAAUCCACGAAAUUAUGCGCAUUAUUUAGUAGUUAUUCUAGAAAUCCAUUAUUUUAGUAUUAAAAAAAAUAUGCUAUUUUCUUUUUAUCUUAACAAAAAAGAAUUUAAAAAAUAUAUAUAAUCCAAAUAUUCUAAUUCUGCUGUUAUCCGCUAUAAUGGAGUCACGUACUUUAAUAAGAGAAUCACCCUUUUACCCCCAUAAUUAUUCCAACGAUUCUUUCAGGAAAGAACACUUCAAAAUGGUCUACAUUCCAGAUUUCCAGAACGGUAUAGAUGGAAGAGAGACAGUUAUCGAUAUGGAAAUUGAACCCAACACUCAAAUCAUGGAUUUUCUCAUCAAAAUAUGCUCUCUCUACCAUUUGUUCCCACCUUCAGACUUCCACGUAUGGGCCCCAACUGGGGUCAAUGGUGCUCUCGAGGCCUGCAAAGCUAGCGCUAAAAUUUCCUCCUUGUCCAUGGAUGCUUACAACAAUAAGCCAGUUGACUUUCUCAAAAUAAUUCAUCGCAAAACCCCCAACAAAAUGGACAGUAAUGGCACGAUUUACACGAAUAAUACAAAUAGAUAUCGGUAUUCCGUUGUAGGCAAUAGUUACGAUGUAUGCGACAACGCAAGAAAUCUAACCCUGGCCAAGGGUUCGAAAAACAACCGUUACAAUCUAAACGGCAAUUGUCAAUCUAGUCAAAAAUUCUGUAUGGGUAACGGAGUGGGAAAUAAAGAUAAUUCCCCCACCUAUUUGACAAAGAAGGAAAUCUUACCGUUUCAGAUGACACAAAGAGUAUUGGUUAAUAUUUUGCCAAUGGCUCUUAGAAAAAAAUACGUAGUUCGAGCUAGUCUAGAUGAACCCUUGAGGAUUAUAAUGGAUAGGGUUUGUUCCGAAUCGGCUAAAUUCAAUCCUUCACAAUGUCGAUUCGUAUUACCCGAAAACAACCAAGGUAAUCUAGUGAUAGAUGCGGGUCUCGUUGACGAUGUAAUAUACAAAACCCUGGACCUGGAAUUGAGUAUGAGCCAAUAUCGACUCUCAGCCGAGUUGUACCUACUGCCUUCGCCUCAAGCCCAGGCAUCUAAAACUCUCCCGUCACAUCAAAAUUCUCUUACCUUACCAUCUUCAAAUCCCUACUGCCCAUCUAUCAAGGGUGAAACUUUAAAUAAAUCUUUGAUAUCCCAGCCACUUGUCAGUGCCAAAUUUCGAACUAUGCCAAAUACUAGCGAAAAAUCUAACGUAAUUUAUGACAAGAUUCUUAACCAUUCUAAAAAUACUAAGCAAUCUAAUCAUCAAUUCGACACCUUGUCAUCCCAAAAAUCGUUUUCGAAUUCCUCUUCAUCCUCGAUAACUAAUGCCUCAACACCAUCUUCCCCAUCACUAAGCUAUUCCGUGAACAAUAAAAGUGACAAAAAUGACACGAACAACAUUGGUAAAACCUUCUCUACUGACGGGGAUAAAAUCGAUGGAAGAAAUAAGAAUAGCGGGCAUUAUAGGAGGAAGGCUCCCUUGCCUCCCAUACCUAACGAUUUAGAGGAAAAUAAAUUGGACACGGUUUUAUCCGAUGAUCACAGAAAUUUUAACAAUGAUGGAAAUUAUUGCAUUCUUAAUCCGAAAUCUAAACAGAAUUAUGAACACAAAAAUCAUGCCACCGGCAAAUACUUAGAAGAUGAUGAUGGAUCGUGCACGUCUUCUGGAUAUCACGGAUCCUCUAACAGUCCCUCCCCUUUAUCAUCCGACCUCAUCAAAAAUGAAGCUAUAAAUUACGAAGGAACUGAAUCUCGACCCGCUAAAUCAACCAAGAAAAAAUCAGCUCCUAAACCACCAUUGAUCGAAUCUUCCAUUAAAUCGUCUACCCAUCAAAAUGAGAAUAUACCCGAUAGAUACGAACCAAGCAAUACUAAUAUUUCUCUAAUAGGUGUUUCUGGAACUGAAAUUAACGACGAAAAUCUGGUUGUCGAUAGCUUAUACGAUAUAAUCGAUGAAAAUAGCAUAGAUCAAGCUGGCCGUUGUCAUUUCGAAGAUUUCCAAUGCGUUCAACCCGAAUUUAUAAAAAAGGAAAUUAGCUUUUGUGACCAGGAAGGAGUUAAUAAUCACUGUGAUAACAAUCUGAUAAAUUACCGUGAAAGCACUUAUUUAGAAACACCAUCAAAUCAUACCGAAAAUAUCUAUGAAAAUUUGGAGGAUACAUUAAACUCUUACGAUAUUAUGAGAGGCGAAGAAAAUAGCUCAAUAAUGUUGGAGGGUAGCAACUUAUAUGCAAAUAGCAUGGAUAAUUCCAAUUCUAGUCUAAUAAAUAUGAAUUCAUUUGUAUCUCAAGCUAUAUACUCGGAAAUAUGUAGAGUCAAUAAAUCCUCCAAUAAUCAAUCUGAUCAUCAAGAUUACGAAAAUAACUAUGAAGAAUUUAUAACGGCCCAUGAUGAUGAAGUGUUUAGCGAGCGAGAUAUCGUUUUCAACAAAUAUGAAGAUGGAGCAAAUGAAAUAUUAUCUCUAGGAAUUAAUCACCACGAAAUUCCCAUCAACAACUUAGAAAGCUCCAAGGGCAAUACAAAUAACAUCUAUCAAAAACAAUACACUGAUGAUUCUCUAAAGCAAAAAGAAGUUAAAAAAAACAUAAAUGGCGUGGAUACGGAGGUGCAAAUGAGGCCAAAAAACUCGAAACCUUUAAAUACAAUACAGGACGAUUCUCAAGCAAAAUAUAAAGAAACCGAACUUAAAAAAAGACAUACCUUUUUUCGGUUUAGAACCUCGGAUGCUAGCGAAGUAGUUCGGAAAUCAAGAGAUGAACAACAUGUUACAUCGUUUCAAAACCCUUGUCCAAAUGAAGCUUUUGCAAACAAAGGAUUUAAAAUUAAUGGUGAUAGCUCGCAAAUGGCGUUAGAUAGAUCUAUAAAUGCUUCUAUAAUAUUGAACAAGAAAAAGGAAAGACCGUGGACACUGACAACGCUUUUUAAAUCAUCCAAUUCGACCAAUAAUAAAUAUGAUAUUAACUCAAGCUCCAUUAACAUAAAUAAACCAAAAUGUGUUUUGAACAGUGAGUCUUACAAGGUACAUAGAGAUAAUUCAAGUUUUAACGAUAAUGUCACAAAAUCUACUAAUAAAAUGGAAGAUACUACAGCUGAUUUAAAACAACGUGCCGAAGAGAAAUGUAUAGAAAAUAUUGUCGAUUAUAAGACAAAUGGCCAGAUUAUAUUUUCUACUUAUGCUCAAAAUAAGGAGGUAAAUUUUUUAGGUGUCAAUGAAAAAUAUAAAGAAACAAAAAUCUUUUCACCCAGUAAGAUUGAUACAUCUGAAUCCCCCGACAUGCGCGAUACAAAACCGACCGAAAAUAAUCAAUUGUAUAAAGCGCAAUCAAUCACGAUAUUUGAUAACAAUGACCACCCCGUAAACUGCGAGACGAUUAACAGAUACACGUCGUUUUUCAAAUCCCCUUCCUUCAAAUCUUCCCUAUAUUCCAAAUUCAAUUCUAUUCAAUUAUCCCUGACUGAUUCGGGAUCUUCGAGCACAUCCUCCUCUUCUGAUAACGCGGAACUUAAUUCCAGCGAAUAUGAUAAUAACAAACAAAAUUUUUUUAAUGGGGUUAAUAAUGACUUUAAAAGUAUUAAAGUAUUAAAAGGAUUCGGAAAUUUACCCAUAGUUGGAACUCAUCAAAAAGGAAUUCAAGAUCUGGAUUUAAAUCCACAAGAUAGGGAUAAGCUUCUGAUUCAAAUUAGGACGUGUGGGGGAAAGGAUAUGCUAAAAAGGACUUCAACACUUAAAAAAGACAAAUUUACAAUAUAUCAAUCAACCGAAAAAAAUAUAUGAUCAUAAGUGAAAUCACAUAGUACAUAUUCCUACAAAAAAAUCUAUAUAGGUGCUUUCGAUUUUUUUUUAUAAUCUCAUUGUAAAACAUUUUAGUUUAUUAAUUUAUAUUUUAAGAAUUAUAAUGAUAAUAUAAACUUUUCCCACUUAUAUAUUACUACCAAAAAUUCAAAAGUUGCGUUUAUAUAAUUAUGAUGUAUUAAAUUCCAA